AGAAAGAAAAAUCAUCCGACAAAAACAAAAGAGCUUACAGCCGCCAAAGAUUUGCUGUUCUUCAACACCCCUCCCACCCCACCUUUUUCCUAUUUCUCUCUAUCUCCAAAAGGCAAGACAAGAAACAACAGCUCCGACCUCUCUCUCUCUUUGUUCUCAUUUGAGGUGGGUUUGGUAUCACUGCUCCAGAUUUCCCCAACUGGGUUGGAACAUUGGUUUCUAAUUAAGGGGAAGUCACUGUGUUUACCAAGGAAAGACAUGAGAAGUUUAUAGGUUUCGGUUCUUGCUUCUUUGUGCCGGAUUUUGGCUUUGUGUUUCUGUGGUUUUCUAGCCUGAUUGGACUUGUCUUUCGGGUAUCACCGAUGCUGUGUUUGCUCUAGUAGCUUUUCCUUUGUCGAUUGAGUUAUGAUCAAACAGAUACUUAAUAGGCUCCCGAGGAAGCCCAAGUCAUCUGAGCAUCGUGUGGGAGGAUCCUCUACCUCUAAUUCAAAUGUUUCCACCGGUUCAAGAGGCAACUCUAUAUCAAGUAACAAGUAUGCGAGCUCGAGUACUACAUCUUUUUCGAGCGCUAAUUCUACUCCAAACUUUGGAGUAAAUGUGACUUCGAAGCUUAAUGGGAACUCAUUGGCUUCUCCAUAUGAGGCAUUGCCCAGCUUCAAAGAUGUCCCGAAUGCAGAGAAGCAGAAUUUGUUGAUAAAAAAGUUGAACUUGUGUUGUGUUGUCUUUGACUUCAAUGACCCGACAAAGAACAUCAAGGAAAAGGAGAUCAAGCGACAGACAUUGGUAGAGCUUGUGGAUUACAUUGCUUCUGCUAAUGGGAAAUUCUCAGAAACCGUCAUGCAAGAAAUCGUAAAGAUGGUGAGCAUAAAUUUAUUUAGAACACUCACUUCUACACCCCUUGAAAACAAAGCAUUAGAGUCCUUUGACUUAGAAGAGGAAGAGCCUUCGAUGGAUCCAGCAUGGCCGCACUUGCAAAUUGUGUAUGAAUUCUUCUUAAGGUUUGUGGCAUCACCUGAGACGGAUGCAAAGUUGGCUAAGAGAUACAUAGAUCACUCCUUUGUUCUCAGGUUGUUAGGUCUUUUUGAUUCAGAGGACCACAGAGAGAGGGAUUACUUGAAAACAGUUCUGCACCGCAUCUAUGGGAAAUUUAUGGUGCACCGCCCGUUCAUCCGGAAAGCAAUCAACAACAUCUUCUAUCAUUUUAUUUUUGAAACUGAAAAGCAUAAUGGGAUUGCAGAGCUGUUAGAGAUUUUGGGAAGUAUAAUAAAUGGUUUUGCUCUGCCGCUGAAAGAAGAGCACAAACUCUUUCUUGUUCGAGUGCUUAUUCCACUUCACAAACCAAAGUGCAUACCCUUGUAUCACCAGCAGUUGUCGUACUGCAUUACUCAAUUUGUGGAGAAAGACUGCAAACUUGCUGAUACAAUAAUUCGGGGUUUACUCAAAUAUUGGCCUAUUACCAAUAGUUCUAAGGAGGUCAUGUUCUUAGGUGAACUGGAAGAAGUUUUAGAAGCAACUCAGCCUGCAGAGUUCCAGCGCUGCAUGGUGCCGCUGUUUCGCCAAAUUGGUCGUUGCUUAAGCAGUUCACAUUUUCAGGUGGCAGAGCGAGCUCUGUUCUUAUGGAAUAACGAUCACAUUGUGAACCUAAUCAAACAGAACCGCCAUGUCCUACUGCCAAUCAUAUUCCCUUCAUUGGAGAAAAAUGCAAGAAACCACUGGAACCAGGCAGUACAGAGCCUGACACUAAAUGUCCGUAAGAUUUUCUCUGAUAUUGACCCUGAGCUUUUUGAGGAAUGCUUGCUCAAAUUCCAGGAAGAUGAAGCACAAGAGACUGUAAAUAGUGAGAAACGUCACGAUACUUGGAAACGUUUGGAAGAGCUUGCUGCAAAGAAUGCUACGAGCAAUGAAGCAGUGCUUGUGUCCCCCAAAGGAGCCAGCGGCAAACCUUCUGGCUAGGAACUUUGAGAUACCCCGUGAUGUGAUUACAGUGGUUUCGAUGUUCAAAUUAUUAUGCAGGCGAUAAACUGACGUUACUGUAUAAGUUCUGAGAUGUCAAUCUUCUUGUUGUUGGCUCCUCCCCUACAUGCGGAAAGUUGGGUUGUCCGGUGAUCAAGUCACAGAGCAUACACGUAUGGCUGCUCAAUCUGGAAUACAGUUUGCCACCUUUCGGUUUACCAUAUCGGGAUGUUGGGCUGUACAUAUCGGAUUGGGUGUAGAGGAACAACGGGGGUGCUGCUGCCACAACACAAGCACGGUCUCGGCGGGUGUGGUGAGUAAAGCUGAUCCUUCGUCGUCAGGGUUCCAAAGUUAACAAAAGGGCUUGAAAAUUGACAUAUCAGCGGUUACAUAUUUUGGGGUUUGGUUUAAUAGAGACACCCUCUUUCUCCAUCUUCAGUUACUUGUAUUGUAUGUAUCAUCAUCAAUUCAUCAUCGUCAAACUAUGUUGCUUUUGUAAAAUGUAUCCAUCCCUGUAACGCCUAAAUUCCGGAGUUCAGUCCGCGUAUACGAGAGAUAUCUACUUACACC